GUAAAUAGUGUAGCGGUAUACGAGGGGCGGAGCCUGAGCCUCUAACUCCACAUCCAUCACAAUAAUCUCUAGCUCAGGAUCUGAAAGGCUAAACCAACAUGUCGAUGAGUGUGGAGCAGGAAGGCAUUAACACGGACACAGUACUGCGGUAUUAUUGUUUUUAGGCCCGUAGGAGACUCUUUGAUGGAUUUACUGAGCAGGGAAGAAUCCCGACAGCAAGUAACUUAAGCCAAGCGUGCAGAAUGAACCUCAGCUUCUUAUGUGUAUGGAUAAUCACGCUUAUAAAAGCAGCAGGAUUUGAUCAACAAAACGCGUGUAGGUUUGUUAGCCAUUGUUUUACCUCAGUGCCUAUCCUGCAGAGUCCUUAUGGAUAACCCCCUUCAGUGACUUUCCUGGAAAUGCUAAGGAGAGUAAUGGAUUUCUUCUUCUAUCUGCAUCCCUAUUCUUAUUGCCAGUGUGCCUGGAUGCAGAUGAAUCCACACAAACAGAGGAGACAGAGUGUGAUUAUCGUCAUAGUAACAGCUGGACCAAUAAAGCAAUGUGCUGCAACUUGUGGCUAGAUGUCAAAUGCUCACGUUAAAUUAAAGGCCACUGCGUUGAAUGAUUUGCUCAUAUCCCAAUGGUGUGCCGUCAAAUUCUGCAUACUGAACAAUUUCCAGUGCAAUAUAACAGUUUCACUCAGUUUGUAUUGCCACUAGAGCACUCUGAGGUUGUCUGCGCUGUCAGAUACCGGGACUGCUUGGCACUAAUGUGGCCCAAGACAGAUACAUCAACCUCAGGUUGCUUGAGUAAUUGACUCCGGCUGUCUGCUGGAGAGGGUCAGGCUCCAAUCUUAUGGCAUGGGUCAAACUGUUUAAAAAGCCUGGCGGCAGCAUGGCUGGUUCUGGUGCCUAUAGCGGGACUGGGCUAAGCAAGUCCUACCAGCCAGGCAGCAUGAUCUCUCUCGCCCUGACCAAAGGUCUUCUUAAUGAGCCAGGUCAGAAUAGCUGUUUCCUAAACAGUGCUGUGCAGGUUCUUUGGCAGCUUGACAUCUUCAGGAGGAGCCUGCGACAGCUCUCUGGCCAUUUCUGCUUGGGUGAUGCCUGUAUUUUCUGUGCUUUAAAGAGCAUUUUCUGUCAGUUCCAACAGAGUCGAGAACGAGCUCUGCCGUCAGACACCCUGCGGCAUGCUCUGGCAGAGACCUUUAAAGAUGAGCAGCGCUUCCAGCUGGGCCUCAUGGAUGAUGCUGCAGAGUGUUUUGAAAACAUUCUAGAAAGGAUACACCUGCACCUUGUUUCUGACUCAGCCACAGAAAUGUGUACUUCCAAAUCUUGCAUCACCCACCAGAAGUUUGCAAUGACUCUCUAUGAACAGGUACUUUGUCUCAUGUAUUUUUUCAAUGGUUUCUUUCAUUGUUAAUUAAACUUAGCUAGAGUUGUCACACAUUUAUUUAUCUUUUAAGAUUUGCCCAGAUUUACUAGGGCAAGUUAGCCUGAGAGCCAGAUAGCAGAGGAAAUUUCUGCAUUUAACGUGAUUUUCUGACUCACGUUAAAUG